AUGGCGAUCCUGACCACUCUGCAAGACCUCAUUCCAGGAAACUUAUUAUCAAAAAUUACAAUACUGCUCUCCAUUCCCAUCUUCCUCAUCUUGACGAUAUACUUCAUCAUUGUCCCCAACAGUCUCAAGGACUCACGUCGCCGCAAACUCCCACCCGGACCAAAAGGCCUCCCCUUCGUCGGCAAUCUCCUCGAAUUUGCAAACACGGAAACCCAGCGUGACAAGGUCAUCGCCUGGCACAAGCAAUUCGGUGACAUCUUCUACACCAAACUAGGCGGCACAGACUACAUAUGGCUUUCUUCGCCCACGGCCGUAAAAGACCUCAUGGACAAGCGAUCCUCUAUAUAUUCGUCCCGUGCGCCUUCCCCGCUCGCCCAGGACGUUGCCAGCGCGGGUCGACGACAGUUAUUCAUGCCGUAUGGACCACGUUGGCGCAGUAUUCGCAAGCACAGCCACGCGCUGUUGAAUCUCACGGCAAGUGUCAAGUAUCAGCCUGUUCAGGAUUUCGAGAGCAAAGUCUUGCUGAAGGAGUUGUUGGAGAGCCCGGAAGAGUUUCUGUCGAUUAAUCGGAGGUAUUCGGCCAGUGUCAUCAUGUUGGUUACGUAUGGCUAUCGGAUUCCAAGUUGGGAUGAUCCCCUCAUCCAGCGAAUCUACAGUGUACUGGCCAGAUUCACAGAGAUGACAGCACCCGGCGCCUUCGCCAUAGAAUCCUUUCCCUCACUGACAUGGCUCCCUCAACGCCUCCUCGGCAACUGGCGCCGCUACGGCGAAGAAAUCUUCACCAAAGACAGCGCCGUCUACCUCGACCUAUGGAACAAGCUGAAGCGUGAAACCGACGCCGGCACAGCACGCGACUGCUUCACAAAAACCUUCUACCUCAACGACCCUGCCAAGUCAGGCAUCGACGACCUAGCAGCCGCCUACACCUGCGGCGGCCUCAUCGAAGCCGGGUCUGAAACUACGGGCACCACGCUGAACAACUUCAUGCUGUGCAUGGUGUUGUUCCCCGAGGCGCAGCGGCAAGCGCAGGAGGAGCUGGAUAGAGUGGUGGGCAGCGAGCGGCUGCCACGCUGGGAAGACGAGGAGAACCUACCCUAUGUCCGCGGCCUGAUCAAGGAAGUCCUACGGUGGCGACCGGUGAAUAAAAUGGGCAUGCAGCACGCGACUAGCGACGAUGACUGGUACGAAGGGUACUUCAUCCCCAAGGGUGCAGUCGUCGUGUUGAAUUGGUGGGCAAUUCACUACGAUGAGAAGAAUUGGGAGGAUCCGAAGGCGUUUAAGCCGGAGCGGUAUAUGGGGCAUUCGGCGUCGGCGGCACAUUAUAUGAAUACUGCGGAUGCCCGGGAGCGGGAUCACUUCUCGUAUGGAGCGGGGAGGCGAGCGUGUCCUGGUGUUCAUGUGGCGGAGCGCUCAUUGUUUAUUAAUGUGUCGAGGGUGCUGUGGGGGUUCAAUAUCAGGAAGAAGGUGGGCAAGGAUGGGAAGGAGGUCGAGGUUACGGAUAAGAUGAUGCCGGGGUUCUUCAGUGUGCCGGAGCCGUUUGAGUGCGACGUUAGGCCGCGGUCGGCGAAGCACAAAGAGAUUAUGAUGAAGGAGGGCAAGGAGGCGGAAAACAAUUGGGAGGACAUGCUGUAA